AUGGACGUCACUUCCUACUUAGUUUUUCUAUUUUUGCCUGCUUUUAUCUUCAUUACUGCCAUGUGUUUAUAUAAGAAAAUGAAAGAAUCAACGGAAUUGGAAGAGCGUCUAAGGAAUUCCGGAUAUCCUAAUCCGCCAGCCUUUGAAAGUCCAUUACCCAUUCAUCCGUCUCCGGUAACAGUUGCACCUGAUUACUAUCUAGCUUUACAAAUGAGGAGAGAAACUCGCAUUUCCUUAGAAGGAAAUCCAACGAACAACAUUCCAUAUCAUAUAUACAACGAGAUGUGUCAUCCUACUGGCCCAGCUAUGUUUUCUCCAUUUGAACCACCACCAUACUAUCCUGGAUUAGCUAAAAGCUAA